AGAUGUUUCUACAGGUUGCAUCAUGCAAGUUAAUCACGUUUCGCUUGAACAAUAUGCCUGACGACGAACUAAACGAAUGCUCUUGAUUCACAAGCUGUGAUCUGGGCUUUGGACUUUCACAAGAGCCCUCGAUAUUUACCAAACAGAAAGAACAAUUCAGCAAACCUGUUUCCACAACAAAACAGAUCUGAUAGGCAAUGGUUUGAAUGAUUGAGCGGCUCCGGUGAUUCAACCGAGUCAUCUGAAAGAAUCGUUUGCUUUGAUUCGCGCGGAGCUCCCUCUCGCAGUUUGCUCGUUUCUCAGAGAGUGGGAUCUUUAUGAACACCCAUGGCGACCCGUGUUUAUAGAAACCAGACAUAACACCUCUGACAGCUGCAGAACAUGGACUCGACGAGUAAACAGAGCUCAGUUAACCAACUUCAGGAGCAGAUUCGCUCUCUGACUGAAGAAAAUGUACAGCUCCGGGAACGAAAUGAAGGGCUGUUCAGUAAGCUCGAUGCGGCCCAGAACAAACUGGGCCAGCAGGCUGCGUCAAAAAGCGACCUGUCAGUCAAACUGGUCCAGUGUGAGGAAGACAAACUGAAGAUCUCAAAAGACCUUGUCGACGUGCAGAUCGAGGCCAAUAAAAUGAGAGAGCAAUAUGAAGCGGAGAUCUUUGAACUGAAAAACAUGUUCCUGUCUAAGGAGGGCACCGCCUCGUCUCUUCAGGCAGAGUGUGCCCGGCUCAGACAGGAAGCGGCGACGGCAUCGGCACGCUUAGAAGUCGUCAAGGCCAGUGAGCGUGACCUGGCCGGAGAGUACGGCGCGCUAAAGAGCGACUUUCUGUCGCUGAGCAACGCUCACGAAAGAGUGCGCACGCACUCGGAGGAGCUCUGCGCCGAGCUGCUCGCCCUCGCGCACACACACGACACGCUCCUGCAGGAGAGAGAGCGCACGCACACACACGCGCUGGAGGUGGAGAGGGUUCGAGCGCUGCUCAGCAGGACGUCCCACAACAGAGUCAGGCCAGAAGAGUUUGAGCAGAGCAAGAAGAGCCAACGGGAAAGAGACGGAGCGCAAAGCAACCUGAGAGACGAGUUAGAGAAACUGAGGAAAAGCUACGAGGGGCACCAAAGACAGCUAGAAGAGAAAGUUGCGGCCAUGGGCAGAGAACAGCAGGAGAAUAAGAGAGCCAUUCAGACCACCCGACACGAGCUGUCCCAGCAGUCUGCAGCGCUGAUUAUUUCUCAACAUCGGUUGAAGGAGGCCGAGGCUGAAGCCUCGAAACUACAAAAUCACCUGAAGGAACUCAACAGGGAGUACAGGGCACGACUUACACGCUACAUCCAGGACGUUACGGAGUGUGUAAGUGCAGCCGGGGACGGGGACUUGGGACGGAAGUUGAAGGGGUCUGUUGAGUCCAUGCUGGAGGAAGUGAAAGCAUCCCAUCGCUCCAGAGAGGAACAGCUCACCAAAGCCGUCAGAACGUCCCACAAACGCAUACAGGGUCUGAGCAACACAUAUCAACAACUGCUGAUCGCUUACAGACUGCAACGUGAGCAGAUCCUGGCACUCCCUGAACACGCUUUAGAGGCCGGACCCCCUGAGGCCCACUUCAGUCCCGCGGGGACCGAGCUGAGAGGAGAGACCGAGAGAGAGCUACACAGACUGAGAGAGGACAAAGACCGCCUGGAGAGCCAACUGAAACUGGCUCGAGAACAGAUGGCCGUUUUAACAGAGUCUUCUCAGAGGGUUGGACUAACUCAAGACGCCUGGAAUGAUGUUCAAAAGCAGAUCAGAGAAUUAACCAGCUCCGCACAGGAAGCUCAAGAGAGGGAGCGCGCCCAUCUGAUCACGAGGGUGACGGUUGCCGAGGCGCAGGUGUCUGAGCUGAAGGAGUAUGUGGACAAUCACCUGGGCAGGUACAAACUGGAGAUAACACGGCUGCGCAGGCUGCUGGGAUCACGGGAGGGAAGGUCAAAGAGUGCAAGAACCCCAAAGCCCCGCCCACUUCACCAAUCACUCAAAAGCGGCAGUUAUGAAAUAUAGUGCCUACCGCCUAUCCCACGAAUGAAUCAAAAGGCAGCAGUUUUUAAUAUUGUGCAGGUCGUCAUAAGCCACGCCUACAAAUCUCAGUUAUGAAAUGCAGUGUAUAAGCCCCGCCCACUUAACGAGUCACCCAGAAACAGCAGUUGGUAAAAUCACAAGCCCCGCCCACUUCACAAGUCACUCAGAAAACAGUAGUUAUGAAAUGUAGAGCAGCCGUGCAUAAGCCCCACCCACCCCGCAAAUAAAUCAAAGGGGGAGGGGUUUUUAAAUAUUGUGCAGUGCUUCAUAUGCCACGCCUACAAACCUUAGUUACGAAAUGCGGUGCAUAAGCCCCGCCCGCUUUACGAGUCAUACAGAAACAGCAAUUGAUCAAAUACAAUGCAGGACUUGACAAGCCCCGCCCCCUUCACAUGCAACUCAAGAGCAGCACUUAUGAAAUAUAAUUUGCAGCAGCACAUAAACCCCGCCCACUCCACAAAUCAAUCCAAACAGCAGUUUUUUAAAUACAGUGUAGGACUUGAAAAGCCUUCCCCAUUCUGUAUAUCAGUCAUCAGCAUUUACGAGUUAUAGUGCGGUGCAUAAGCCCCGCCCACUCUGUAAAUCCAUCAGCAACGGCGGUUAAGAGAUAAACCACUCAAACAGUGCUAAUGCUGUCUACAGAGAAACAUGAUUUGGUUAAUAAUGUCAGCUUAUAAUGUGAAGCUAAUAGUGGGAUAUAAUAAGCAGCAUUAGCCAUUACCGAGGUGUGUUUCCGUGCAGAAGACAUGAAAUGUCAUUUAAAAUCUCUAAACAUCUAGAUUUUGUUUUGCAUGUAAACACUCUUAUCAUGUCUGUUUACGUUCGGGGACAUGCGGUCGAAAGCAGGGUUACUAAAUAGAUGAUUUUUGAUCAUUAUCAGAGUUUGGUUGUUCGUGAAAACACUCGUUAAGGCAGUUAUUUGCAUUUUUACUCGUGGUUCAUGCUAAACUCCCAUGGCUAAUUUCAAGAUUUUUUUAAUAUUUUGCAUUAAACUACUGAUUCGGAUUAAAUACUUCACCGUAAUUCUUGGCAAUUUGUUACUUGUUAAAUUAAAGUGGAAUCAUCAAAAUGAAA